GAUGGGGACGUUCACAGACACCUCUACCUGCAGGGUGUGCUCACCAGCCUCGCGGAGGUGGCGGAGAGACCCAAGGUGUCUGAAUUCAAUUGCCAUAUCCCUGGGUGCUGCCAGGUCUUUGAUACGCUGAAGGGCUACGAGCACCACUACAACACGCUGCACAGGAACGUCUGCUCCUUCUGCAAGCGCUCCUUUCCAUCGGGGCAUCUCUUGGAUAUUCACAUCUUGGAGUGGCACGACUCACUCUUCCAGAUAAUGGCUGAGAAGCAAAACAUGUACAAGUGUUUGGUAGAAGGCUGUGUGGAGAAUUUCAAAAGCAGCAAGGACAGAAAGGAUCAUUUGGUCGCUGUUCACCUUUAUCCCGCAGACUUCCGGUUUGAUAGACCGAAGAAAGUGAAAAGUGGCCCAAAGCACGUGAGCUUUCCCAUGAAGCAGGGUGCCGGCGUGCCGAUGGAUAUGAGUGUGGAGACAUCGGAGCAAUUCCAAGUGGACGCCAUGGAAAUAGGGCCAAGUGAGAACACGAAGAUCCCUCAGCCUGCAGCCAGCCAUGGCCCGUCGGUGCCAGAGAAACGACUCUAUAAAGCCAGGAUCCCAUCCACAAUCUGCUUCGGACAAGGUGCCACCCGAGUAUUUAAAGGACCAAAGAAGAAAGUCUGA